AAGUCGUGUCAUGUAUGUGGCCAGCAAAAUAAUUGCACACGUUACGCAAUUGUGCCUAGGAGAGUAGUCUUGUGUUAUGGCAAAUAGAUGAAACCCGCGAAGUGGUUUUUAUAUUCGUGGUUGCAUCAGGUCGCGGUGGAACCAGACAAAGAAACCUAAUUUCUGAUGGCACAUGCUGAAUUAAAGGCGAAUGUAAUAACUUGAAAACUAAAUGAUGGAGCUAUCUGAAGAUGAUAUUUUACAUGAUUUAAAAACUGCAACCCCUGAUGACAUUGUUUUUAAUGAGACACUUUUUGCUGAACUGACUAACCAACCGCUUCCUGAGAAUUCAAAAUCCAAUACAGAGGUGGAAUUAUGUUACAAAAAUGUUCUCAAUUAUCUUAACGAUGAAAAAGAAUUAAAAAUUUUAUGUAGUGAGCUUAAAGAUAAAAAGGAGGUGUUGAAGCAAAUGCAAAAAAAAUUGCAAGAAUCAGUGGUCAAACUAAAAGACGAUGCAGAUGUACUGGCAGAAAAAACAAUUUGAUUGACGUAAAUCUUAUACCAACAUGAGAAAUUUUGUUGAAUUUGUCUAAAUUUAACAGGUUUUUAAAUCGUGAAUAUGCAAUAUUUGACAAUCUCUAUAUUUGUGCUUUUUGAAAAUUUUCUUAAAUUUUCAACGAAUAAGCUUUUACUACCUGUUAGGAUCAUGUUAAUGCAUUUUUCACCCUGUAAUACCUAUAUGUAAACUAUGUAGUAGUGAAGAUCCUUAAAAAAUCCUUUAAAAGCAGCACUAAUAUUGUUAAGGAGGUGUUUUCACAGGAGUGUUUAAUCCCAGCAUGUAUGAUAUCAUGUAAUCCUAAUUUAUCCAGUUAUUGUAAUGUUUUCCAUCAUAACAAAAGUUGUUAAAAUACUUCUCAAUAGCAUUCUUGGACAAUUUUUCCAUGAUCCUGACCUUUUUUGUGUAAUAUUCUAAUUAAAAAUGUAUAUAUUUAUAAAAAAUGAAUUUUGCCAAGGCUUUGCUUUCAAUAAAUAAUGUAUUUUUAUGAGGGGUACACUUAAGAUAUUUGGAUAAAAUGUCUUUAAAUAUUUUAUAGCUACUUUUGUUUGCCUUCGUAAAUCUGGAAUUAUUAUGCUAGCUCACAUUUCUCUUAUUGUUUAAACAUGACAUGAUUCCUUGUAAAAAACCAGUUAAGAACAGUUAGUAUAUAAAAAAUGAAACAGCAUCUUAAAAUUAGGUCCUAGAGACAGUUUGUUCUGAAUGCAAAAAUUAUUUUGAAGACCAAGUGUAUAUAUUUUUUUAAAAUAGUGAAGUGUUAGCUGGUAGAUGUGAGCACUUGUGGAGUCAUUUUUUAUUAAACUUUUGCAAAAUAUGAUGAUAGCCUUUUGACAAUGGGUAUCUGAUCAAUUUUAUUUUUCUUUAUCUUAUAAUACUGCAUAGUUACGCAAUGAGUAUCUACAAUAGAUCAUUGUCUUAUUGUCUAGUCAUAUUUCAUUACGUCUGGAUAUCUUAAUCUUACUGUUUUGUAAGUAGUUGAUUAUUUUGUGUGUGUAUAGUUGUAAAGUAUAUUCUAUUAAUAGUUUUUUUAGCACAUAAAUUAUGUCUGGGGAAAUUAAAGAACUUGGAGAAGAAACAGAGUCUGAUGUUAGUACAGAUGGAGAAGGCAUUCAAAUGAAUAUGGAUAAGAAAAAAGAUCGAAACUUGCGGUCACCACGUCUGAAAUCUAAAUUUCGGGAAUGUAGUGUUGCAAGUCCUGCAGAGUAUGUAUCACGUUUUGGAGGUAAUCAUGUUAUUGAAAAAGUCUUAGUUGCAAACAAUGGUAUUGCGGCAGUGAAAUGUAUAAGAAGUAUGAGAGAAUGGGCAUAUGACUUAUUUGGAAAUGAAAAAGUUAUAAAAUUUGUUGCCAUGGUUACACCUGAAGAUUUAAAGGCUAAUGCUGAAUAUAUCAAAAUGGCUGAUCAUUAUGUGUUGGCACCUGGAGGGUCAAAUAAUCAUAACUAUGCAAAUGUGGAGUUGAUUUUAGAUAUAGCAAAACGUAUUCCUGUGCAAGCAGUUUGGGCAGGUUGGGGCCAUGCUUCUGAAAACCCAAGACUUCCUGAAUUGUUAAGUCAGAAUGACAUUGCGUUUAUUGGUCCAUCUGCAUUGUCAAUGUGGGCAUUGGGUGACAAAGUUGCAUCAUCUAUAAUUGCUCAAUCAAUUGACAUCCCUACAUUACCUUGGUCGGGAAGUGGUAUAAAAUUGGAUUCUUCUAGUUUUGGUGAGAAUGGACAGUUGACAAGUGUUCCUGAGGACAAAUUUGAAGAAGCUUGUGUUGAUGAUGUCAUCAAGGGUCUUGCAGUUGCACAUAAAAUUGGCUACCCUGUUAUGAUUAAAGCUUCAGAAGGAGGAGGUGGAAAGGGAAUUCGAAAAGCUCUUAAUGAUGAAGAGUUCUCAAUUGGUUUUAGACAGGUUGAAACUGAAGUACCUGGUUCUCCCAUAUUCAUCAUGAAGUGUUUGACUAGAGCACGUCAUUUGGAAGUGCAAAUUUUAGCAGACCAAUACGGACAAGCAGUCUCGUUGUUUGGGCGUGAUUGUUCUGUGCAGCGUAGGCAUCAAAAAAUUAUUGAAGAAGGUCCUGUAACUAUCUGCAAACCUGAAGUAUUUGUUCAGAUGGAAAAAAAUGCUGUGAACCUUGCCAAGUUGGUUGGAUACAUCAGCGCAGGUACUGUUGAGUACUUGUAUGACUACAGAACAAAAGAUGUAUAUUUUCUUGAAUUAAAUCCUCGAUUACAAGUUGAACACCCUUGUUCUGAAAUGAUCACAGACAUCAACUUACCAGCAGCUCAACUUCAGAUUGCCAUGGGAAUACCUUUAAACCGUAUUAAAGACAUUCGAUUACUGUAUGGAGAAGACCCUUGGUUGGAUCGACCAAUAGAGUUUUCUAAAUAUUUUGGUAAAUUGCAACCAAAAGGACAUGUCAUUGCUACUAGAAUUACGGCUGAAAAUCCUGACGAGGGCUUUAAACCAAGUAGUGGUACAAUCAAGGAACUUAGCUUUCGAAGUAACAAUCACAAUUGGGGAUACUUUAGUGUGUCAGCAGACGGAAGUUUGCAUGAAUUUGCAGACUCGCAAUUUGGACAUCUUUUCUCUUGGGGAGAAGAUAGAGAAGCGGCAAGAAAGAACAUGGUGUUAGCUUUGAAAGAAUUGUUAAUUCGUGGUGAUUUUCGAACUACUGUGGAAUACCUUGUGCGACUUCUGGAGACAGAUAUGUUUAAAAGAAACAAAAUAGACACAAGUUGGCUUGAUAAUCUUAUUGCAGAAAAGGUUAAGGCAGAAAGUCCUGAUCUUAUAUCAGCAGUUGUCUGUGGUGCUGUGCAUAUUGCUGACACUGCAAUGAACCUUUUCCAUUUAAAUUAUCAGUCAGCAUUAAAGCGUGGUCAAGUUCCAAAAGUAUUAAGUGAAGCUCAAACUGUUGAACUCAUUCAUGAAGAAACCAAAUAUGUCUUAACCGUAACAAAGUCUGGACCAAAUCAGUAUUUUCUGGUAAUGAAUAACAGCUCCAUUGAAGUAGACAUUCACAGAAUGAGUGAUGGAGGAAUAAUGGUAUCUUUUAAUGAGACUACUUACACCUCGUUCAUUAAAGAAGAAGUUGAUGGAUAUCGUGUCAUUGUCAAUAGCAAAACUUGCAUAUUCAGAAAAGAAAACGAUCCUACAAUUUUGCGGUCACCUUCUCCUGGAAAGCUAAUAAAUUAUGUUGUGGAAGAUGGUGGACAUGUGUUUGCUGGAGAAGCUUAUGCAGAGAUAGAGGUGAUGAAAAUGGUCAUGCCUUUAAUAUCAAACGUCAGUGGAUGUGUCCAUUAUGUCAAGUGUGCUGGAACAGUUUUGGAACCAGGAAUGGUUAUUGCUCGCUUAACAUUAGAUGAUCCGAGCAAAGUUUUUCAGGCAAAUUUAUUUGUUCACCCGUUUCCAAAGACGCCACAUACAAAGUUAGUUGGUUCUAAAAUCAAUCAAGUAUGCCAUCACACACAGGAAAACUUGCGAAACAUUAUGCUUGGUUAUUGCUUACCAGAUCCUUUCUUUAACAGUAAGAUGCUGGAGGAUGUGGAACGCUUAAUCAUAACACUAAGGGAUCCUGCUUUACCACUAUUAGAAAUGCAGGAACUGUUAGCAUCCGUGUCUGGUAGAAUUCCAAACAUUGUUGAUGACAAAAUAAAACAAUAUCUCACCAAAUAUGCAAGCAACAUUACUUCGAUCUUAAACCAAUUUCCUAGUCAACAGAUUGCCAAUAUUAUUGAUGCUCAUGCUGAGACUCUUAAGAAAAGAGCUGAAAGAGACUUGUUUUUUAUGAAUACACAGGGUAUAAAUGAAUUAUUACAAAGGUAUCGUAAUGGUGUUAAAGGUUACAGAAAGUCAGUCAUCCUCAAUCUUCUGCGAGAGUAUAUACAAGUUGAAAUCUUGUUUAAUGAUGGUAAUUUUGAGAAAUCUGUGACAGCUAUGAUGGAAAAAAUGAAAGGCAAAAAUGUUACCACUGUUAUUCGCAAUAUUUAUUCACAUACAAAUAUUGUGAAGAAGAACACUUUGGCUGUCAAACUUAUUGAUUGUUUGUGUGCACCAGAUAAUCCUCUUGGUGAUGACAUUAGAAAUGUACUUCAAGAGAUGACUCAUUUAAACAGACCAGAACAUGCUAAAGUUGCUCUAAAAGCUAGACAAGUACUGAUCUCUUCUCAAAAACCAUCCUAUGAACUGCGACAUAAUCAAUUUGAAUCAAUAUUUUUGUCAGGGAUUGAUUUGUAUGGCCAACAGUUUAAUCCAGACAAUUUACAGAAAAUUAUUUUAUCUGAUACUGCUGUGUUUGAUGUUCUUCCAAGUUUUUUCUAUCACCGCAAUGAGCUUGUUCGAGUAGCAGCACUAGAGGUCUACAUCAGAAGAAGCUACCAAGCAUACGAACUAACUCAACUUCAACAUGAUCAGAUCAGCGGCAUCAACAUUUUAGAGUUCACAUUUCAACUGCCACAUAACCAUCCUAAUAGAGGGAAUCACUCUCCUACUUCUUCUCCAACAUCUACACCAUCUUUUGACAGAAUGCAAAAUAAGAAGACAGAUAAAAGAGGCAGUUGUCGUGGUAAUGGAAACCCAAUUAGAAGGGUUCGAAGUGUUUCAGAAUCAAUGGAUGAUUUGAGUGGUCCAACUUAUGAAAUCAAUUAUGAACGCAUGGGUGCUAUGAUUGCAUUUGAAGAAAUAAAUGACUUUCUAGUGCAUUUUGAUGAAAUACUGGAACGAUUUGUUCCAAGUGAAUUGUUAUGCACGAAGAUAGAAUCCGCCAAUGGACUCACUUUGAAGAAAAGAAACUCCAGCUCAAGUUUAAACGGGGAUGAAGAUCCUAUUCAUAUCUUAAAUGUUUGUAUCAAAAACUCACAAAUUCUAAUUGAAGAUCAAGAAGAAGAAAAGGAUACAUUACAAAAUAUUUUGAUAGAAAAGAGGCAAAUAAUGCUUGAUCAUGGACUCAGAAGAAUAACCUUUAUCAUCACAGAUGCUAAAGGUUCCUUUCCACACUAUUACACCUUCCGGGCUAGAGAUCAGUUCCAGGAGGAUAACAUCUAUCGCCAUUUGGAACCUGCCCUUGCUUUUCAACUUGAACUUAACCGAAUGCGAUCAUUUAAUCUUAAACCAAUCACCUGCACCAAUAAAAGUUUACAUUUAUAUUAUGGGUCAGCCAAAAAGGAACACCAUAACCAAGAAAUUACAGAUUACAGAUUCUUUAUCAGGUCAAUUGUGAGACAUUCUGAUUUCUUAACAAAGGAAGCAUCGUUUGACUACAUGGAAAAAGCUAGUGAAAUUCAAUUGCUUGAAGCUUUAGAUGAGCUGGAAGUAGCUCUAAGUAAAGUGGAUCGACGUACUGAUGGCAAUCACAUCUUUUUAAAUUUUGUCCCAGCUGUUAUUAUUGAUCCACAGAAACUUGAGAACAGCAUUCGAAUGAUAGUUAUGAGGCAUGGUAUGCGACUUUGGAAGUUGAGAUGUCUCCAAGCUGAAUUAAAGAUGGUAGUGAGAUUAACACCGGAUGGUGCAAAAAUACCACUUCGGUUAUUUUUAUCAAACCAAUCCGGCUAUUCCUUGGAUAUUCACACUUACAAAGAAGUUGAGGAUCCUGUCUCUGGUGAGAUCAUAUUUCAAUCUUAUGGUGAUGUUCAAGGCAAGUUUCACGGCCUUCUAAAUACAACACCUUACAUGACAAAGGACCAUUUGCAAUAUAAACGGUUUGCUGCCCAAUGUCAAAGUACAACCUAUGUUUAUGAUUUUCCUGAGCUGUUCUCCCAGGGAUUAACAAAGCAAUGGAAACAAUGGUUCUCCACACGGGGGAUGAAAUUUGAACUUAAGAAAGAAAUUGUUAAAUUUACGGAAUUAUACAUAGAUCGCAAAAAUAAAUUAGUUAGCAUUAACAGACUGCCUGGAGAAAAUGAGUGUGGGAUUGUGGCUUGGGAUGUAACUUUGUGUACUCCUGAAUAUCCUGAAGGAAGACAGCUAUUCAUAUGCGCUAACGACAUCACAUAUCUGAAUGGUACAGUAGCAUUGGAAGAAGAUUAUUUGUAUAAUGAAGUGUUAAAGUUGGCUAUUUCAAAAGGUCUUCCAUUCAUUUACAUUUCUGCGAAUAGUGGUGCACGCAUGGGAUUAGCAGAGGAUGUUAAACAUACUUUUAAGGUUGCUUGGAAUGUAAAGAAUGAACCUGACAAAGGCUUCCAAUAUUUGUAUCUCACACCAGCUGAAUUCAAGAAGAUGGCUGCAACUAACUCGAUACGAGCUGAACCAAUUGAAGAAAAUGGUGAAUGUCGUUACAAAAUAACAGAUAUAAUUGGAAAAGAAUCUGGUCUUGGUGUAGAAAACCUUAAAGGGUCAGGACUAAUUGCAGGACGAACAUCAGAGGCAUAUGAAAAAAUUUUUACAUUAACUUUGGUUACAUGUCGUACUGUUGGCAUUGGUUCAUAUUUAACACGACUUGGUCAACGAAUCAUACAAGUUGAAAAUUCUUCUAUUCUUCUAACAGGCCAUCAUGCAUUGAACAAGCUUCUAGGCAGGCAAGUUUAUACCUCCAACUCGCAGUUAGGUGGUACACAAAUAAUGCACAAAAAUGGUGUCAGUCAUUUAGUUGUUAGUGAUGAUUUGGGGGGUGUGGUAGAGAUCUUGAAGUGGCUUUCUUAUAUCCCAAAGUUUAAAAGUGCACCACUUCCAGUGGAAGACAUUCUUGAUCCUGUUGACAGAGAUAUUUCAUUCACACCAACAAAGUCACCUUUUGAUGCAAGAUAUUUAAUAACAGGUCGUCCACACCCAGAUGAUUCAACCAAAUGGGAAAGUGGAUUGUUUGAUAAAGAUUCGUUUACUGAAGUUUUACAGGGAUGGGCGAAGACGGUCAUUUGUGGAAGAGCAAGGCUGGGAGGUAUACCUGUAGGUGUCAUACUACCUGAGAUACAACCUGUUGAGAAAUGCAUACCUCCAGACCCUGCUGAUCUCGAUUCAGAAACAAAGACCAUUGUACAAGCUGGCCAAGUAUGGUACCCAGACUCUUCAUUCAAGACCGCUCAGGCAAUUGUUGAUUUUAACAAAGAGGAACUACCAUUGAUUAUCUUGGCGAAUUGGAGAGGCUUUUCAGGUGGCAUGAAAGAUAUGUAUGAUGAAGUUUUAAAGUUCGGUUCUUACAUUGUGGAUGCAUUACGAAAAUACAACCAACAAGUCUUGAUUUAUAUUCCCCCCUAUGGUGAGCUGAGAGGUGGUGCGUGGGUGGUUGUGGAUCCCAGUAUUAACCCGGAGCACAUGGAAAUGUAUGCAGAUGAGGAAUCCAGGGGUGGUGUUCUUGAACCCUCAGGUACGUGUGAAAUAAAGUUUAGGCGAAAAGACCUGGUAAAGACAAUGAAAAGACUAGAUGACAAGUAUGCUAAUAUGUCAAAGUUACUAACCACUCCAGAUUUGCCUGACAAGGAACGCAUCAAGAUUGAAAAAAAACUUGCAGAAAAAGAAAAAGAACUUUUGCCUGUUUACCAACGGAUUGCAAUUAAUUACUGUGAUUUACAUGACACGCCGGGACGAAUGCAAGAAAAAGGUGUUGUUAACGGUGUACUUAAGUGGCGAAAUGCACGGACAUUCUUGUAUUGGAGGUUAAAACGAUUGCUGUUGCAAGACAGAGUAAGAAACAUGAUGUCGUCCAAUAGUUGUGAAUGCACAAAAGCACGAAUAGAAUCUGUAAUUCAUCGACUGUUCCUUGAAUCCAAAGGUUCAUCUCAGUCUUAUUUAUGGGAAGACAAUAAGUUUGUUUCAAAAUGGAUGGAGUCAGACUUGUCUCAAGAAGAUAAUUCUGUUAUCAAGGAGUAUGCAAAGUGGUUCAAAAGAGAUGCUGUACUAAGAGAAAUAAAAAACAUUGUCGAUUUAAAUCCUGAUGUUGCCAUGGAAGCAAUCGUUCACAUGACACAACAAAUAAAUUCCGCAAAACGUUGUGAACUUUCGCGCGUGUUGCAAGAAUUAAACACAAGCUGCGAGGAAGAGGAUCAUACAUUAGAAACUGUCCCUGAGUCCGCGGUAUCACGUGAUGUCCGGUUACCAGCACGCACUGCAUCUUUACCCAGCACUCUUUAUGCUCUGUCCGAAUCAAAUUCUUCUGAUAAUUAGUGUCAAAUUUUGUAAUAUAGUAGCCUACACACAUUGUCUGAAUUGAAUAAUUUAUUAUAAUUUGUCUUGCGAGGUGUUGAUUUUGUAUUUCUUUGUGUGCUUUCUUACGUGUCCUUGUUGAAGACCAUAAUUUCAUUGUGAGGGUUUUAUGAAGACUCUAAUUUUUCGUCAUAAUAAACGUCAAGAUUGGUUACCAUUUUAAGCCUGAAAAUUUAAGUCAUUUUUUUAGUCCACCUUAGCCACCAUCUUUGUUUGUACUUUUUAUUUCUUCGUUUUAUGUUUGUAUGAUGUGUUUAAAUCAUCUUCAGUGUGAAUCUAUACUAGUUCCACAUUAUUUGAUAGAUUUUUUUAUGACGUACUUUAACAAUUCUUAACAACAAUUCUUGUUUCUAGUUUAUAUAAAAAUAUAGUUGUAUAUUUUUAGGGGCAAUCACAGACUCAAUUGGAGGCUUUUUAAAUGAAAAACAUUGAAGAAAUUUCAGGGAAGGAAAAUUUAAAGAUCUUGGUUUACUAAAAAACAAAAAAUUGUUUGCGCUGAUAUAGGAAAUUUUUUUUCCCUGUGUAUGUUGUGAAUACUAUUUUUCUUGUUAGAUAGAGGAUAUUUAUGUCGAGCCAGCACAGUUUCUUUUUUAUUAACAAAGAUUUCGCCAAUCCUUUUUGUACAAAGCUUGUAUAUAACUAACAUGACCAAUAUCUACUUAUAUUAUGAAUAGGCAAAUCUAAUUGGUGGGCAUUCAGGACUCUCGGUUUGCUCAAAAACUAAAGAAAAAACAAAGGCAAAAUCAUGAAAUUAAUGAAAUACAAGAAAAAUCACAGAGACUAAGAUACUGGUAGACCUCUUGCGUAUAAAAAAUUGAUUGAUAUUCAAGUGAAACAUUUUCUUUGAUACUGUGCAAAUGUUUUCCAUAUGAACAACUUAUUAAAGUUAUAACACUCACAGCAGAACAACAACUUUCUACAUUCCUAAAACCGCUAUGAUUGCUUGUCAUUUCUCCACGUCUCUCUCCUACAUUUUCUCUAGUCCCUCUUUAAUGCAAGCUUAACUCUCAUGCUCUGGUUUCUUGCUUGGGAUAUAAACACAAUUUUGUUUACUUGUUUGUUUUUGUUUGUUUGUUUUUGUUUGUUUGUUUGUCUGCUUACAACAUAUUACGUAUAUAUUAGUAGUUUAUUAUUUUUGUUAACAACGUUUUUGCAAAAUAUUUAUUUAGAAAACGAUAUUUUAAUCAAUUAGGGAAUAAUUAUUCUUGAAGGUAUAUUUCGAAUGUAUUUUAUUCUAACGAGUAUGCCACCUUAACCAAAAACACUUUUUGUAUGGGUACUGAGACAUCAUGUAUUAGUUGCUAAGAAUUUUAAGGUUGUGGUUCAUAGAGGACAUCACAAUCUUUUAUAGCAUGGCUGUUCUGUUA